AUGGAAAACAACUCGUUGCCUUUUUACUUCAACCUCACCAUGUUUGUGAACAUUGGACCCUACCGCUUUGCAGCCUUUACCUUCUGCGUGCUGCUCUACAGCUUCAUCGUCUGUGCGAACCUCCUAAUGAUCCUGGUGAUUUGCCAGUACAGAGUGCUGCACCAGCCCAUGUAUAUGUUCAUCGCUUUGCUGUCAGCCAACUCCCUGUACGGCUCCAGUGGCUUCUUCCCCAGACUUCUCACAGACUUGCUCUCAGACGUCCACCUGAUAUCUCACGUGGCCUGUUUCACCCAGAUUUAUGUCAUUUACACGUACGGUUCAAACGAACUGACCAUUCUGAGCAUCAUGGCGUAUGAUAGAUAUGUAGCCGUGUGUCAUCCUUUGCAUUAUCACAGAAAGAUGACUUUUAAAACAGUGGUUCUGCUGUCGGUGCUGGCCUGGUCCUUCCCAGCUUUGUUUCAGACAGCGAUAUUGUUGAUGUCUGCCCGGCUUCCUUUGUGUGGCAAUAAGAUAGAGAAGGUGUUCUGUGCCAACUGGAAUGUGGUUAAAUUAUCAUGUGUCAGCACCGCUUCCAACAAUGUUCUGGGGAUGCUUCUGACCAUCACUACUGUUUUUCUCCCACUUUUCUAUGUGCUUUACACCUAUUUGCGGAUACUGAUCGUGUGCUGGAAAAGAUCUGCGGAGUUCAAGAGUAAAGUGUGGCAGAGCUGCCUGCCGCAUAUUGUUUCCUUUGUGAUUUACUCCAUCGCUGGAUUUUGUGAUAUCGCCUUGAGUCGAUACAACCUGGAGGACAUAAGUCCAUUUGUUGCCGUUAUCUGGUCCUUGGAGUUUGUCGUCAUUCCACCGGUUUUGAAUCCUCUCGUGUACGGCCUCAAGCUGCCAGAUAUCAGAAGACACAUUUUAGGUUUGUUAUCGUGCCAAAAAAGAUGACCAACUGAAAAGAUUGUGGUAAUUUAUCAGGAAACAGAGCCUAACGUGGAGUCUGAUUGAUGAUAUUUAAAAUUUGAUUGAGUAAAAAUAUUCCCUGUUGCACUGAUUCAGUUCAUCUGACAAUUAUUUUACCUUAAAUGAAUACAAACUCACAGCCGCUGGGAUUUGCUUUGUUUUAGAUUUUGAGUCUGCACACCCCUGAUAAACUGCCUAUUUUUUUGGUAAAGCAUUCAAAACCUUUUCCAUCUUUAAAAUGACAUUUAUCCAAGCAAAUCUGUUGGAGGUUAAAUUUAAGACCUAAGAAGCAGUACUUACAUGGUUACAUCAAAGUUCACACCAUGAAGGCAGCACUGUCAUGAACCACCUUUUGAUUCAAUUUCAGCAAUAAGUUUUCCCAGGUUUACACCUGCUGCUAAUUAUAGAGAAUCCGAACAACCAAAUAAAGUU